CAAUUCUGCAGUUUAAACUUGAGCUCCGCUUGAUUUUGGCACGUGUUGAUUAGUAACUUCUAGCGAAUGGGAUGCUUAAAUAAUAUUACAUGCUUACCUUGUCUAGCGUGAAAGAGAUCCAAGGUUGCGGAAUUUCAGCGCCUGGCCGUGAAGUGUUCUGUUCGUGACCAAUUGACGCACUCUUCUUUAAAAGACAUCUUUUAGUUUGAUUUGAUUUUGGCGGCAGGGGCUUCAGGCCCCAGGAUGGCGACUAGUGGCUUAUCAGAUGUGCAGCAAGUGGAGCAGUAUGUCCAGCAUCUUAUCAAUCCUGCAACAAGGGAAAACGCUUUACUGGAGCUCAGUAAGAAACGAGAGAACUUCCCAGAGCUUGCUCCCUACCUGUGGCAUAGCUUCGGCGCCAUCGCAGCGUUGCUUCAGGAGAUCGUGGCCAUCUACCCUCUGUUGUCGCCGCCGUCCUUAACGGCGCAUGCCUCGAACCGUGUUUGCAACGCCCUGGCGCUUUUGCAGUGCGUGGCGUCUCACAAUGAAACGCGAGCGCUGUUCCUGCAGGCGCACAUCCCCCUCUUCCUGUACCCUUUUCUCCAAACCAUGAGCAAAACGCGCCCCUUCGAGUACCUGCGGUUGACAAGUCUGGGCGUUAUUGGCGCCCUGGUCAAGGUUGACGACACCGACGUGAUCAACUUUUUGCUGUCCACGGAAAUCAUCCCGCUGUGUCUGCGGACCAUGGAGAUCGGCACGGAGCUGUCGAAGACGGUGGCCACGUUUAUCGUACAGAAGAUACUGCUGGACGAUGUUGGCCUGAACUACAUUUGCGCGACUGCGGAGCGUUUCUUCGCCGUUGGUGCCGUGCUGGGCAACAUGGUCGUGGCGCAGGCGCAGAUGCAGGACCAGCCCUCCCAGCGGCUGCUGAAGCACAUCAUCCGCUGCUACCUGCGAUUGUCGGACAACCCUCGGGCCCGUGAGGCGCUGCGGUCGUGUCUGCCGGAGCUGCUGCGCAACCCCCAGUUCACCGCGUGUCUCAAGAACGACGAGACCACGAGGAGGUGGCUGGCGCAGCUGCUUAUCAAUGUCGGCUUCCCGGAUGCCGCCGUGACGCUGGGGCCCAUUGAGCUGCCGUCGCAUUCAAGCCCCGGAUCCCCGUGGACAGCCGCCUCCUAG